AGCAAAGCGACAUCGAAGGGGGGCGCGCCAAAUACACCCAACCGGAGCUCGCAAGCUCGCUUCCCCAGAAAGCCCUUCCUUCCCAUGGCGAUCGAUUGUCUCGUCCUCGGUGCAGGUCAAGAAGUCGGGAAGAGCUGCGCGGUGGUGACGAUCAACGGCAAGAGGAUAAUGUUCGACUGCGGCAUGCACAUGGGGUACCUCGACCACCGCCGCUACCCCGAUUUCUCGCACGUCGCCCUGGACGGCGAUUUCAGCGGAGCUAUCGAUUGCAUCGUCAUCACUCACUUUCAUUUGGAUCAUGUUGGGGCUCUCCCUUACUUCACUGAAGUCUGUGGCUAUCGCGGACCCAUCUACAUGACGUAUCCUACUAAGGCAUUGGCUCCUUUGAUGCUGGAAGACUAUCGCAAAGUGAUGGUGGAAAGGAGAGGUGAAGAAGAACAAUUUACUGCAGAGCAUAUUGCGGAGUGCAUGAAGAAAGUGAUAGCCGUGGACCUAAAGCAAACUGUGCAGGUUGACAGCGAGCUCCAAAUCCGUGCAUACUAUGCUGGGCAUGUCCUAGGAGCGGCCAUGUUCUACGCAAAAGUGGGAGAUUCUGCUCUGGUUUACACAGGAGACUAUAACAUGACACCCGAUAGACAUCUGGGAGCUGCUCAAAUUGACCGACUACAUCUGGACCUUUUAAUCACAGAGUCGACAUAUGCUACGACGGUGCGGGAUUCCAAAUAUACUCGGGAAAGGGAGUUCCUCAUAGCUGUCCAUAAAUGUGUUGCUGGAGGAGGAAAGGUGCUUAUUCCAACAUUUGCCCUUGGAAGAGCUCAGGAACUCUGUAUGUUGCUGGAUGACUACUGGGAGCGUAUGAAUCUGAAUAUUCCUAUAUACUUUUCGGCAGGUUUGACAAUUCAAGCCAACAUGUACUAUAAAAUGCUUAUCAAUUGGACCAGCCAAAAGGUCAAAGCGACAUAUGUAACACGGAAUCCGUUCGACUUCAAAAAUGUUCGCAAUUUUGACCGUUCCAUGAUUAAUACUCCUGGACCCUGUGUGCUUUUCGCAACACCUGGAAUGAUCAGUGGUGGAUUUUCACUAGAAGUUUUCAAGAACUGGGCACCUUCUGAAAUCAACCUUGUUACGCUGCCUGGGUAUUGCGUGGCUGGAACCAUAGGACAUAAAUUGAUGUCUGGGAAACCCACUAAAAUUGAAUUGGAUAAGGACACGGAGAUUGAUGUUCGAUGUCAGAUUCAUCAAUUAUCCUUCAGUCCCCACACAGAUGCAAAAGGGAUAAUGGAUCUUGUUAAAUUUCUUUCACCGAAGCAUGUGAUACUCGUGCAUGGGGAGAAGCCUAAAAUGGCUUCUCUGAAAGGGAAAAUCGAGUCUGAGUUAGGAAUUCCAUGUUAUGACCCUGCCAAUAACGAAAAUGUGAAUGUCCCAUCAACUCACUUUGUCAAAGCAUGUGCAUCGGAUGCAUUUGUGCAGAGUUGCUUGAGCCCGAACUUCAAGUUCUCUAGAAGGAACAGGGAAUAUGAAUGUUCACAUCAAAAAGACUCGGAAGGGGUGCCAAUUUUGCAAGUAAGGGAUGAAAGGAUAGCUGAAGGAAUUGUUGUUAUGGAAGGCAAUAAAGAGGCUAAAGUCAUCAACCAAGAUGAGCUUCUGCACGUUCUGAGAAGAGAAAGGCAUGAAGUAGAGUUUGCUUACUGUUUCCCUGCACAGUUGAGCAAUAAAAAUGAAGAGCCGAGUGACACUUCUACAGACAAUUUACAAUGCCCUUAUAGAAAAUGUUCUUUGCUUCGAGCUUUACUCUCUGAACUCUCGAAAGAAUUUCCUCAAGUGGAAAUCCAAGAUUUUGGGGAAUACGUCAAGGUGGAGUCGCUUCGUGUCGCUAUCUGCUUGACGGACGAGUGCCCUUAUAGAGUUGGUGGUCAUCCUCUAGUUGGAUGUGGAUCCGUGUUUUUAUGCUGUAAAUGGUUAUCAAGAGAUGAGCAGCUUGUGUGGAAAAUGAUCUCUACUGUACGAACUCUUGAUUUGAGUUUGCCUCUUUAA